CUUCAAUAAAGGCGAUAGAAGAAUUAAAAGCUAGUGUUUCCAAACUGAAACUACCCAAGGAACAUUCCCCUAGAAUUUAAAAUGGCUGACAAAAUUAAGAAAUUCUUUCAAAAGAAAAAAUUAGAGGCCAAAUUCAAGUUAGCAGGACCCGGACAUAAAUUGACAGAAUCAACCAGUUCUUCAAGUUCAUCGGUUGUGACCAAAAGUAAAGGAGAACCAAAGAGACAAGAACCCACUGAUGCCACACGACAAGCUGCUGAAGCUGCCUUAUUGCGUCUCAGCGGCCAAAGAAAAGAUACAGCAUUCAACACGUCCUUAGCAGCAAUUCAAGCUCAAGUGAGAAAAGAACUUGAAGCUGAAAAGAAAACAAAAGGAGAAGAAGCCAUUCCUCACACCAGCAGUAAUCCUGUGCAUUUAGAAGCGUCUCCCCAUUUAGCUGUAAAUGGAGUGUACUUCCGGUGUUCCUUUAUAAAUGAAGAAGUAUUAACAAAGGAAGAGUGGAGAAAUAAAAUUAAAGAAUUUUUAUUUCAACAACUCGAAGAAGAAAGAGGACUUACUGCUUGUUUAAUUAUUCAUUCAUGCAACUACAAUAGAUCAAAGGUUACAGAAUGUAUAGAUGUUCUGGUCAGAUAUUUAGAUAAUAUAAUAGCCAACCCCACAGAAACUAAAUUCCACAAAAUAAGAUGCUCCAAUGCUACCUUCAGAGACAAGGUACUACCGAUUUUAGGAGCAAGUGAACUACUUUUCGCAGCCGGUUUUCGACCCACCAGACUUGAAAAUAAUGGAGUUGAAGAGGAUUACUGGGUGUUCCAACCUGAGCUAAUUGAUGGCAUCAAUGUUUUAGAGUUUUUAAGGGAAUCCUUGAAAUCUGCAGACCGUGUUGAACUGGAACUGGAUAGAAAUACCCAAGUCUUAUCGCCUGGCGAGGCCAUGAGGAGGAUUGAACUACCAUCUGAAUUUUAUGCGCUUUCACCUGAAGAACUCAAAAAGGAACAACAGCUGAAGAGUGAAAUGAUGGAGAAGCAGAUGCAGUUACGGACCAAAGCUAUGAGAGAAAAAGAAGAGCUUAGAGAAAUUAGGAAGUAUAAAUUUGCCUUAAUUCGGAUUCGUUUUCCGGAUGGACUAUAUCUGCAGGGCACCUUCAGCGUUUAUGAGAAAUUCUCCGAAGUCCUAGAAUUUGUCCGAUCCAACCUCGAACACGAGUUGCCUUUCGUACUGACAGCGCCAACAGGACACAAAUUUGAGAUUGGGGAUCAUGAUCAAACCUUGAUUCAUUUGAAACUAGUUCCUGCGUCUAUCCUCAAUUUCCAGUUCGAUGGAGAGAUUGUCGAUAACAUCCAAUCGAUAGAAAAUCUAACCUAUUUGAAGCCGGAAGUUAUGAUGACCGUUCAAUCUUUGUAACUAAUUUUUUGCUUUUGCAUAGCAUUUUUUUCUUAUUUAUGAUUAUUGACUGAAUGAUAAAGUUGAGAAUGUUUCAGCCGUGUGUAUAUCUGUAAGAGAUGUUGAUUUUUACUUAUUUAAUUUGCCAUCGAUCAUUUUAGUGGAGAUGUAUGUUGAAGAAUUUAUAAAUUUUAUGACAUAUGUUAUAUUUUGUUUUUUCCACUUGUAAUCUAUUAUAUGAAUGUCAAUAAAAUGUCUUUAUUCACCAACUGUA